AUGUCGGUUUAUGAAAACGUAGACUAUGAUGGCUUGUUGGCGAAAAUGGACCGAAAAUCGUUUGUGAUCGAUGUCCGCGAAAGUCACGAACUUGCUGCAACUGGAUCGUUACCAAACAGUAUAAACGUUCCACUCGGCGAGUUGGAAAACGAUUUAAAUUUGCCCACUGACGUAUUCGAGGAAAAAUACAAAGUACCCAAACCCGACAAAGAAAACGACGAAAUCGUAUUCUCCUGUGCCCGAGGAAAUAGAAGUCGUCGUGCAGCUGAAAUCGCUUUCAAACUAGAUUAUAAAAAGUUAUAUAAUUACAUGGGCGGUUGGACUGAAUGGUCGGUGAAAUAUCCAAGUACAUAA